GUUUCUAAGGUGCUAUUGGGAGCUCAUGCACUCCUGGCCAAUGGAUCUGUGAUGUCACGGGUAGGAACAGCUCAGUUGGCCCUGGUGGCUCGAGCUCAUAACGUUCCAGUACUGGUCUGCUGUGAAACAUACAAGUUCUGUGAACGUGUGCAGACUGAUGCCUUUGUCUCCAACGAGCUAGAUGACCCUGAUGAUCUCCAGUGUAAGCGGGGAGACCGGGUGGCCCUGGCUAACUGGCAGAACCACCCAUCACUCCGGUUGUUGAAUCUGGUCUAUGACGUGACUCCCCCUGAGCUUGUGGAUCUGGUGAUCACAGAGUUGGGCAUGAUUCCUUGCAGUUCUGUGCCGGUCGUCCUUCGAGUCAAGAGCAGUGACCAAUGAAAGGGAACAAGCGUCAAUAAAAAACUUACUCCCUACUCCCAUAA